AUGGGGACUAUGGAGGGGUGUGGGAUGGCUAACGACGAGAUAUGGGGAGAUAUGUGGGAGAUGGCUAGUUACGAGCCGCUCACUCGCCGCCCCACCCGCCCGCAGGCAGAGGUUGUGCGUCCUGGCUUCCGCGGCUGGCCGAGGGCCUCUCCCGUCACGGGCGAGACCGAGCUGUACUACCCGCAGCACCGGCGGCUGGCCAAGUACCUCGUCACCGGCCUCGUGAUCGCGGCGCAAGUCGUGAUGAUGGUAUGCAUGAUCGCGAUGCUGUACGCCGCCUUCUUCUGCAUCCAGUCGACCGACUUCUCCGUCGCCGAGAGCCUGCUGCUCAACCUCGGCUGCAGCACGGUGCGGGAGAUAUGGGGAGAUACGGGGAGAUAUGGGGAGAUAUGGGGAGUCCCCAUAUCUCCCCCUAGGUUCGAGAACCACCGCACGGCCGCCGCGCACGAGACGCACCUGAUCGCAAAGAUCUUCGUCUUCUUCUUCAUCGACUGCUUCCUCUGGUUCUUCCUCCUCGCCUUCUUCCAGAUCCCGUUCGGCUCGCAGAUCGACGGGCUCCUCCACAAGGCCGGUGUCGUGCUGGACAGGCCCUUCGAGCGGUCGGACUGGGUCCCCCGCCUCGGCAUGACCAUCGGCGCCGUCCUCUCCCUCACGCAGUGGUCGAUGCUCCUCUUUGCCGACGCGUACGUCCCCUACUGGUGGUCCGCCCGCGCCAAGCGGCGCGAGGCGGAGCGCGCGAGCAGCAAGCCCCCGCCUCCGGGCGCCGACCACGCCGCGCAGGAGCUCGGGCGGGCGGGCGGGGGAGGCGCGCGGCGUCGGCGGCGGCGGCGGGCGGGCGAGGGGUGCGGCACGAUGGCGGAGGUGCUGUCGCAGGUGGCCCUGCCUGCGUACGACCCGAUCCUUGACUACUCCGGCAUGGUGACGCAGUUCGGGUACGUCGCCUUCUUCGGCGUCUCCUUCCCGCUGGCGGCGCUCGUCUGCAUGCUGCACACGAUGCUGCGCCUGCGCUCGAACGCGCUGCGCCUUACGCAGCUCUCGCGCAGGCCGCGGCCGCAGGCGGUGGACGGUGUCGGGCUGUGGGCGACGCUGCUCUUCUUCGAGGCGCUCGUGUGCGCGCUCGUCAACCCUCUCAUCGUCGCCGUCUCGAGCGACCAGCUCGACGCGCUCGCCUGCUGGACGCACGAGCUGAUGCGCGGGGACGGCGACUGCGGCGGCGGCACCGUCCCAAUGUCGGCUCGCUUCCUGAUCGCGAUCGCGGCGGAGCACGUCCUGCUCAUCUGCGCCGUGCUGCUGUACAAGCUGCUGCCGCGCGAGACGGCCGCGGUGCGCGCGCAGCUGCAGCGGCAGGCCUUCCUCUUCAAGAAGCGCUACUGGGAGACGGUCGAGGUUAGGCAGAGCGCCUCCUCUCGGGCGGGCCGUCGACCGCCGGCGCCGGCCGGCCGCGCGCGGCGUCGGGCUUCCGGCUGCACGCCGGCGGGCCGCCGGCGGUCGAGUACGACGCGCCGUGGGCGUCCGGCUCGGAGCUCUCGGACGACCUCGACGAGGAGGAGCCAGAGGCGCCGACGCCGCCGCCCAGGCCCGGAGGCGCGUGCGAGUUGGCCGCGGUGUCGCGGCGCGCGUGACGUGGCGCGUGUGACUGUCUUUUGUUGGUAGAUCUAGACGGAUCUUCGGUGCCCGGGU